UGAAAAUUGCUGGGUUACAAUUUGAAUUAUGUCAGUGUGCAGUGAAAUAACCUGCAUUUUCAAAAUCAUUUAAAAUGGGUAAAGCUUUAUCAACAGUCCGAAACCCGCUUAGGAAUUUCAACAUCGAGGAAAGAGCUCACAAAGCAAUAUCGCGAGACAAACCAAUUGCGGCACCAAAGUUUGCCGCAGAUGUCGCUGAAUAUGAAAGGGUAUUAAAAGAACAUCCGGAGAUAGUAGAAGAAACUCUUAAAAAGCAUGAAACACUAGACAAACAUCUAAAGAAUGUGUUUGUGACAUCAUCUGAUCCUCAACCAAUGAUCAACUCAGAUCCAAAGGGUGACAGACCACUUCCAGAAAGUAGGGGAAUAGUGGAGGAUUAUGAAUUAGGCUUCAAGGAAUCAGCCCAGGUGCCAAUAGGCAAAGCAUCACUGAGGACUGUAAUGAGAUUCAUUGGAAUGCAUCAGAAUAAUCCAAGGCACAACACAGCAGAGAAAAUUGCAACUGAAUAUGACUUAGAUGUUGAUAAAGUUUCAAAAAUUUUAAAAUAUGUAAGAGCAUUCGAAGUGUAUAUACCAGAUAACAAAACCAAGGCGACAUUCGCCGGUCCAAGCCUGCCCCGAACAACGCGAAAAAAGAUUCCACGCCCGCAGCUUCCCGAAGGCAAGAAAGACACCGCGACGUAACUCAAUUAAAUGUAUUAGUUAAUUAUAGACUUACUUAAUAAAAGUAAACGGAA